CUCGCGCGCGCAUUAUGUUCCGAGACUAUGAUACGUCUUGUACAUAGUUUAUAAUUUUAUAUACCUUAAACCGCCGCGGCUGUCCGUCCAGAGCGGUCCGUGCACGCGAGUCUGUCGGCUUGCCAAAUUUUUCGAACGCGCUUGCGGGCCAGAAAAAAAUAUUUACAACGGUCGAAUAUUUGAUCGAUUGCGGUACAAAUUUUUACGACAAUAAGUCAGCAUACGUUUUUAAUACUGUGAUCGUAACUCAUAGAUCAUAAUCUUGUAUACAAUAGGUACAUUGCAUUUUGUCGUUUUCCACAUUUCGGUUUUACUUAGCGUGCGCAUUUCAAUCGACAUUAAUAAUAAUUAUAAAUAUCGUUUGCGAAAUCAUAAUUUAUCGUAAUCGCGUCACCGCAGAAAAAUUGACAGGAAAAUUGCGCGCGGAUUUCGAACUCAGUACGUCGUCGUCCGCCGUCGGGAUUCAUUCGAAACCGCUUUCGUAAAGUUUUUAUUACGCCAACCGAAGAUCUCCUCGACUGCACAUCCUCUCAAUCUUCAAGCAUAAUAUAGACAGUAGUUUCGCUAUGGAUUUUUCUAACAAAAUUGGAAAUGACAAUACACCACUUUCUGACGAAGUUUUGGAAGUUCUCGAGUCUCAAUUUAAUAAAGUCAAAACUCUUCAUUCUACUGAUUUAGAGAUUAUUGCAGCUGAGUUGGGUGUCAGAGAUUGUGAUGUUAAGAUGUGGUAUACCAAUCGUUUGGCGGCAUGGAGAAGGAGCCAAGGACUUUCAGAUUGUUUUGGGCAAUUGUGAAUUUAAAAACACACCAACAAUAAAUUAUAAUUACUAUAUUGUUUAAGUCAAAGUUUGUUAUGCAUAAUAUAUUAUUAUAAUAGUUAUUUUACGAUUUAUAUUAUGAAAUUCGGUAAAGUUGCAAACCUAUUUUGUUUUUGUAUUUUAUUUAGUUGUUAUUAGCACUCAUUGUUUUAUUUUGACUAUUUUGACUAUUUUAUGAAUAUUAUUACUAUUGUUAUUAUUUUACACUCACCGAACUUUAAAUCAUGAAUGUAUUUAUAAUAAUAUAUAUUAUGUAAAUUAAAAAAAAAAAAACAUUAAUUAUUAUUAUUUAUUUCAAUUACAUUCACAUUAAUUAAUGUAAUGAUAUAUAAAUCGAAAUUAUUACUUUACAGCACGUUGUUUAAUUAAAAUGAAGAUGCAUAACUUUUCAAAAUAUUGUCCGUGAUUUGCAAUAUUCUACAUUUCAAUUAAACCAUGUGGCAUAUGGUAUUUUAUGAGUUUAAACUUCGUAUCACUCGUGUUUAUUUAUACUUACCUUACGUAAUUGUAAUAAUUUUAUUUUAAUCAAUUAUGUAAUACAUAACAGACGAAUUAGAUUUAGAAUGACGAUUCUCGUAAAGUACCUCGUAAAACUAAACUAUAUAAUAAUUGUUUUAUAAAUAAAAAGUUUCUUUUAUUUAAAUGAA